GCAUGGCCGCGUCUGAAAAGUAAGUGAGGCACGUGGGUUGUGUUUUUGUUGGGUGGCGGCUUAUGCCGGGCGUUCUCAUGGACGACGUUACAAGUUUUGGCCUGUCUAGCAGGACAUGCCUGCAGUGCGGUAAGCCGUCCAAGUAUUGCUGCCCAAAAUGUUCAGCCCGAUCGUGUUCCCUGCCCUGCGUGAAGCAGCACAAGAAGAUCGGCGAGUGCGAUGGAGUACGAGACAAAACGGCUUUCAUCCCAUUGGACGGAUUCACAGACCUGGAUCUUCUCAGCGAUUAUCGGUUUCUCGAAGAAUCCUCCAGGAUCGUUGACACUGCAUGCAGAACCAGGCCAGCGUUGGGUGUGUAUCCACAACAGAAGAGCCUGCCUGGAUUCCUGCACAAGUUCCAGGCAGAGUGCAGGCGACGUGGCAUUAUACUCAAACUGUUGCCUCGCUGCUUCACCAAGCGUCAAGAGAACAAGUCUCAAUAUAACUUCCGUGAGCGCUGUAUUUACUGGCAUGUGGCUUGGGUCUUCCCUGCGGCUAAUAUCAAGGUUACUGAAAGCGAGAGGGUGCACGAGAAGGAAAGCCUGUCCAAGUGCCUGGAGAAGCACCUCACCUUACAAACAUGUAGACCAGAGCUAAGGGGCCCACUGCAACCCUACAUUGCUGCUGGAAUAUUGGGCGUCUCCGUCCUCCUGGCUGUUGAAGAAAAACCAGCUUCCGAAAAGUGCUAUUACAACCUAGACUUUUCAAUGAGUCUAGAGGCCUGCCUGAAAGGAAAAGUCGUCGUGGAAUAUCCAACUUUCACUGUCGUUCUCACAGAAGAUUUGUCUCAGUUCAACCUUAUUAGUCCAGAGCCAUCUGGAAGUCAUGGCGGCACAAGCUUGCCUUCUUUUUUUAGUACGGAUAGCUUGGCUGGGUGUGAAAAUGAAUGAAAGUUUGGAUAGACGUCAGCACAUCUUGGCUGUUAUCCUAGUAAAGGGUCAUGUAAAAAUGUAUAAUAAAAUUUAAUGGUGUAUCCAAAAGGA